AUGUUUUUUAUAGUUUCACCCGAGCCAAAAACAACUCCUCCAGUUACGCCCAAGCCAACGACAAUCGCCCCAGAACCGCUUGAAGAACUAAAAUGUCUGUUUGUUGGCGAUAUGUUUAAUUUUGCAGUUUACCGAGAAAAGUACGACAAAGAGGUAGCAUUCAUCUCUUCUCUUGGCGACUACUUCUUUGCAAAUAAGGCUAUCAAACCCAUGGCCGGAGUAUGGGCUUAUGGAUGGACGAAUUUUCCA